AUGUCAUACCAAGAUCCAUAUCAAGGAAUGUCUCAACAAUAUAUUGGACAACAAUAUUAUCCUCAAUAUUAUACUCCACAAACUCAAUACGAAGAACCAGAAAAUUUUCAAAUUGAUAAUGGUAAUGGAAAUUAUGAUCAACAAUAUCAUCAAAAUGGAUUACAUCAUCAUCAAAAUUUUGAUCAAAAUCAAUAUCAACCAGAUUUAAAUUUUCAAAAUAUUAACGCGUAUAAUAAUGGAAUAGAUGCUCCUGCAAUUGGUACAACAAUUGGUGGAGAAUUUUAUACAGAAGAUGGAAAUUUUGCAAAUAAUAAUUUACAAGGUGGAAUUUAUCAAAAUUUAUCACCUUCAGAUUAUGAUCAAAAUUUAUUACAACAACAAGAUAUAUAUCAACAACAACCUCAACAACAGCAACAACAACCUAUCCAUGGUGCUAAUUCUGCAGCUCCUUCAAGAACAGUUUAUUUAGGUAAUAUACCAUCAGAUGUUGAACCUCAUGAAUUAUUAGAUUAUGUUCGUUCAGGUAUAUUGGAGAAUGUUAAAAUUAUUCCAUCUAAAAAUUGUGCAUUUAUUUCAUUUAUUGAUCAUCAAUCUGCUUUAUUAUUUCAUUCUGAUUGUAUAUUAAAAAAAUUAAAUAUUAAAGGUCAUGAUAUUAGAAUUGGAUGGGGUAAAAAUACUCAAAUUUUACCAGCUGUUUUAGAAGCUAUACAAAGAGAUGGAGCUACAAGAAAUGUUUAUUUAGGUAAUUUAAAUAAUCCAAUAACUGGUGAAACUAUAACCGAAGAUGAAUUGAAAGAUGAUUUAUCAUGUUAUGGUAUUAUAGAUUCUAUUAAAAUCAUUUCAGAAAAGGGAAUUGCAUUCAUUCAUUUUUUAAGUAUAUUAAGUGCUAUUAGGUGUGUUGCAAAUUUACCAUUAAAAGAAAAAUAUUUAGAUAAAAAAUGUUUUUAUGGUAAAGAUAGAUGUGCAUUUAUAACCAAAACUCAACAACAUAAUGCAGCUCAAUAUUUAGGUUUAGCACCAGGUAUGGAACAUAUAGUUACAGCAGCAGAUCGAGAAUUUAUAUCAUCAGCUUUAGUUCAACAAUCAGCUGCUGCAGCACAAAUUGCUACUCAAGCAGGUGGUGCAAAUAAUUUGGGUAAUCGUACAGUAUAUUUAGGUAAUCUACAUCAAGAAUCAUCAGUUGAAGAAAUUUGUAAUGUUGUAAGAGGUGGAUUAUUACAAAGUAUAAGAUUUUUAAAAGAAAGACAUGUUUGUUUUAUUACUUUUAUUGAUCCUAUUGCAGCAGCUCAAUUUUUUGCAAUGUGUCAAUUGCAUGGAUUAACUAUACAUAAUAGAAGAAUUAAAGUUGGUUGGGGAAAACAUUCAGGACCUUUAAGUAAUGCAUUAUCAUUAGCUGUAUCUAAUGGAGCUUCAAGAAAUAUUUAUAUUGGAAAUUUAAAUAAUUUUAAUUUAUAUAACCCUCAAAAAUUAAGAGAUGAUUUUUCAAAAUUUGGAGAUAUUGAACAAAUUAAUUAUUUAGAAGAAAAAAAUUGUGCUUUCAUUAAUUUUGUUAAUAUUGCAAAUGCUAUAAAAGCCAUAGAUGGUAUAAAAUCAUUUCAAGAUUAUAAAAAUCUUAAAAUUAAUUUCGGUAAAGAUAGAUGUGGGAAUUUACCAAGACAAUUUCAAAACCAACCACAACAACAUCAACAACAUCAACAUCAACAAAAUUUAUCAAUUCAUUCAGCUCAUUCAAAUAAUGGGAAUGGUAUUGGUGGACCUUUAGGAAUAUUAGAUAAUCAUAUUGAAUCACAAGAUUUAAAUAUUGAUAAUCCAAGUGGAUCAAAUUCAUUUUCAGAUUUAGGUGAAUUUAAAGAAGAUACUCCACAAUCUAUAACAACUCAUGGUAAUUUAGAUGGAUUUGAAAUUCAAACUCAAUCUCCAAUUAAUGAUUUAAAAUUUUAA